AGGGCAGCUAUCAGAUGCAUAAGUUAUUCCGGUAAGAAGCGAGAAACCGCCCUCAAUAUCUCACAGCACAGUAUUUGUCUUGUCCCGUCGGAAGUGUAAACAACACUCAGCAACUUCCGUGUAGUUCUCGGGCUGCUCCCGGAAAUCCAGACAAGCAAAGCUGUAGGACCCUUGCACACAGAGGUGCAGCUCGUUAUGAAGCACCCUUUCGAGUAACUUCAACGUAAGCAUCAUGCUACCCCUCUAACCGUUGUCGGAAUUUUGGCUUGUCACUUGUCAAAUUCCCUCAGACCCACUAAUAACAAGCAGAUACCAUCAAAUACCAAACCUGCUUUUAGUGGGAAGACAGAGGCACUGUUUAUAUUGGUAUUUGCACCACGCUAUAUCGCUGAAACAGAAAUCAAAGGUAUAACGGAUUAUCUCCCCCCUUCUCACGAUCAAUAUUUCCCUUCUACCUCAGAGUAAGUUUCCAAAUUGAUAGUGAAAGGAGAACUUAUUCAAGAAGGAGCCAGAACCCAACAUGUCCUAUAGUGAUAUCUCUGAUACACCACAUACUUUACGGAGCCAUGAAAUUCCAAUCUCUCAUCCCCACUCUAUGGCACUUGUGUCCAGUAACCUUGAAAUUAGCGAGUCACCCACCAUGACAUACAAAGUACAACAAAAGACCCAUCUACCAAACUACAACAAGAUCCUAAACACCCAACAAGAGAUCACAUCAACACAUUUAGAAAAAUGCAAGAUUGACAAUACAUGUCCCGUUCCUGUACAGUGUACAGAUCAAGAUGGUGAAGUUCUCUCAGAUUCUGAGGUGAAUAGAAGGAAUGAGGUUAGCAAAUAUAAAGAAAAACAAACUAAUAUCCAAGAAACAGAGAUUGGUUCUGAGCUUCUAAGCAUUAGCGAGCAGCAAACAAAAAACACAACCAGUGUUUCUUCCCUUAUAAAUAAAAAACAAGCACCCCUUACUGGUACUAGCUUGCCUUCUCAGACUUCAUCUGUCUCCUGUGCCUCAAACCCUGCAUUAUCCUCACAGUUACCUAUGCCACCAGUCUCCACCUCUCCACCUCAGCCUCCGUUUUAUAGCUUUGUCAUCCUUCAUGCCCAUGAGGAUCUGGAGAAUGCGCGUAGGGUGAGCAAACUUUUACAGGAUCUUGGGGCUGGAGAAGGCACAACAUUCUCUGAGGAGUUUGAAAUCCCUGGGACCAGCCCACUCACCUCAUUACAAGAUGCUGUAGAAAACUGUGCUUACAUCAUCCUUCUGCUGACAAAGUGCUUUGCAACCCAUUGGACAAUUUUCCAGUCCAACUCUGUCCUCAUGAACUCUAUUGAGGAUCCUAACAAAUCUGGUACUGUCAUCCCUUUCGUGCCUCAGUCAGAUAGACUUUCAAAACACAAGAUCCCUCUGGCUCUUAAGACUUUAAUACCCUUGGAUGAAGCAACUCCGGUAUUUAAAAAGAUGGUGCUUAACACCUUUAAACAAGAUGUUGUGCAGAAACAAUUUCAACAUUGGAGAUCCAAGCAGGAAAAGAAGGUACUGAAACAAAAGACUGAUGGGCUUGCUGAGCAGUUAAAAUGCAAGAUGGAGUUAAAUGACUGUUAUUUAAAAUACUUAAAAAUGCACAAUUUGGUUUGUAACCAGUCUUCUCCCUUGCAUCAAACACACCAGACAUCACAGCCUACUUUCCCAAUGCAGCCACCACCACUACCAACACAACUGCCUGAGUUUUUCUUACAAAACUCUGAGGCAAACUCUUCAUUUCACCCUUUUGUAGUAAAUGGACAAACACCAAUUAUUCAGAUAAAUAAUGCAGGAAAUGUACAGAUUGGGAACCAGAACAGUAUGAAUGUUCAACAUACAGCAGGUGGCUGUUGUGGAGAUGAUGGCGAGGAUUAUUCUGGAUGUGUAGAAACAGGAGAAAGGUGUGAAAAUGGUGAGACAGAUAAAGAUUUUUGAUGUUCUACAGUAGGGGAGGGGUGCAAAGUCAACAUUAUUUUGCUUCAAUUAUUGGACUAGAAAAUAUAGCUACUGUAAGAUAUCCCUAUUUGCGGUGAUCCAGAUGAAGGCAACGAAAACCCUUGUAAUCUGUUGUUGUUUGUGUCCCCCAUGGAGAGUUUGGGGUCCUUUGUAACUCUGUAGGCAAUCUGAAGAAUCCAUGUAUAUUCAACAAAUCUUAACAAAUUAAGUAUCUUGCCAAAAAGCAAUCCAGUUUAUCCUUAACUGUCUAAGGUCUAAGCAAGUAGCGUAUUCUAGUAUUUUAUAGCUGUUACUGUAAAGGACGCUGUAUAGCAGUAUGAUCUUCACUCUAUGAGGGCUCCCCUCAAAAAAUAAUUGAAAACAAUAUAUAUUGCAUAACCAAUAAAAAAAUCCUGAUUUUAUUUUUCUAAUCCACAUCAUUCUUACGCCGUUCAACUUUGCUAUAUUUUAUUAUUUUCACCACCUGUACCCCCCCAUUUCAACUGUAAUAUCCCUGUAGAUUAUACAAGGCAGUUGAAGUUGAUUUGUAAUAAAAAUUAAAAUUACAUGAUGACAGUAGAGAAUACAACUUGACCAAUGCGUCCCCCCACCCAAAAGAAAUUCAAAACCAAAUAGUACAGGGUUAAAUUGAUAAUUACGUUAAACAAAAUACAAGUAGAAUGUACAUAUGUCCUUUGCACCCUUUGCAACCCCGGUUCAUCUGGCUCGAUUUGAUGUUGUAAUCAAGAAAGCCGGGUUUUUAUUUUUAAUAAAAAAAUGUGUAUACAUUU